ACGUUUUGAAUUGUGAAUAAAGCUUGCUUCAUAGCCUAGACAAUCAGCAUACUUCUCAACACUGGUAACAAACUUGUAGUAAGAGGAGGAGCCUAGCUCAGAGGUAGUGUGGGUGGGACUAAUACAUAUUAAAGUUUUGGCAUGAGAGAAAGAGUUGUCAGAGUUGAAGGUCUAUUUCUAAAAGAUUAAUCCAAGGCUGUGAUUUUUAAAAUUUAAGAUGCUAAGAGUUGAUGUUCAGAUUUUUAUUAUAAUAAUUUUGGGGACCUCUGAUUGCCAGAUAAUUCCCCGGAUUGAAGAAUGUGGACUUGCCUGCUCUCAGGGCAUUCACUGUAAAAGCAAACCUGCCAGUGAAUCUGAUAUUUUUAACAGUUUCUGCCGAGUUGCUCCAACCACUUCAUCUGCUACUGCACUGAAAAGCAUGAAGCUCUCAACAGUAAUGAAGUGUGUAAAGGGAAGUCAAUGCUUCCUUCACUUAAAUGUUAAAGGAACACUCAGUCUCAGUGAAAAUAUUCGUGGGCUGGAAAUUUGUUAUCUCUCACUGGACACACAGCAGACCAGUUGCAUGAAUGUGAGGUUUUCUCGCAAAACAAACCAGCAGCCUCUUGGAAGGAAGAUACAAGUACAGUUUAAUUGUUUUGAAGUCAAAGCAGCGCAGCACAUCUAUGUGACUAUGAAAACAAUACCAAAUUACUGUGAAGUAAAGCUGAGUCAGGAAUACUAUGUUGAAGACUGCAGAAACAAUGAUGUGGGAAAACAUAUUCCAUCUUGUUCGGGGAAGUUGGAUUACAGUGUGGACAGGGCAAAGAAAGUCAUAUCUGUGAACAUAUCCCACUUUCCUGGAGACCAAGACUAUUAUGUUCGCUUAUGUCACAAAUGGUUUAUUUGUGAAGACGCAGGGGCAUUGGCUCGGGUAAAAGGGAAGGAGUCUUUGAAAUCUAUUUCUUUGCAGUACUCCCAGUUACUGCCUUGUCUCUGCAUUGAGGGUUGGGAAGCAGUUCCAGAUGCAAAGAGGAUACAACUUUGCCCUUUUAAAAAUGAUACCAAGGCACUAUGGGAUAACAUUAUGUAUAAUGCAGCCACACAAACAUUAGCCUGGGAACCAGCCUGUCCUGUGCAAGUCAGAGUUAGCCUAUGCAGGUUAAUGAAGUCUAAUUACCAAUGUGUGGAUUUCCAAAACUCAUCAUAUACAAUUCCAGAAAAUCACAUAAGAUAUUCUCGUGUGGACAGCCAUCCAGGACUUUGCAUGAAGUUUACCACCAAGCAGGGCUCAUGGAUUAGAUGCCCAUUUGCUCAUGGAAAAUUCCCAGUAUGGAAAAUGAGAAUUGCUGGAAGAGAAGAACAGAUACAGGUCUCUUUCACAUCACAAACCAAGGCACAAUUAUCAGUGUUGGUGUGUAACCAGAUGCAGCUGUCUUCCUGUGAAUCUGUUGGGACACACUAUUCAGUUUCUUUGGGUGGCUCGGAUUCCACAUCUAUCAAUAUUCCAGGUGAAAUAUGCAGCUCAAAGGUUUGCAUUCAGGCCUGGAGGACAGACGUAGAUUAUUCUGUUCCACUACAAAUCUGCGAUAUCCAGUGUGCAUUAUCUUCACGGAAUCGAGAUGAAGAUGAAAACUCCUUAAAGGUUAUAUCUCUGACAGCAAUAAUUCUAUUACUUGCAACUGUUCUGACUAUUCUUGGACAUAAAUUUUUGACAGUUUUUCAUCGAAGGACACAUGAAGGCAGAAGUCCAGCACAUCUCAUGAGGUGCAGUUCAUCCACUGGAAUGAAGAGCACCCAACCCUGGCACUGAUGUUGGAGUUGAGUGAAUCGAGCAGAACUCUUUCAAGAUCCUUAGCAGCCUUUUCAACAGCACCUUAAUGGUACCUUAUAAUUGGAAAUCUUUGCUCAAAUAUGUCAUCGUCUCUCAUGCAAAGAAUUCCCAUCACCUUCAGUGGAAUUAUUUCAUAAGGGAAAGGCUUUGCACAUACAGCCAACAAUAUGUUUUUUCUUUCUUUUUUUUAUUUUAACAACUUCAAAUGAAGGAGUAUUAUGCAUUCUCUGUCUUCCAGGGUGUCAAAAAUAGCAAGAUCUGUUGUGGGUAGGAAAUCAAGUUCACAUUUUCCUGUUAAAUGAAUUGUUUCUUUAAU